GUGACAGAAGGGGCGGGGACAAGCUUGUGACAUGUCUUCCAGGGCAAAGGCCGGUAGUGACAGUUGCAGAGGUGACAGCGGAGAGAUGAACCCAGACCUGAGCAGAGAGAGGGGCACCGCCUCCUUCAACUUGGAGACCAUCACUAACAUCCUGGAUGGGACUCCGGAGAAGACCCGGAGGAGGAGGGAGAUCGAGAGUCUUGUGAUCAACGACCCAGCCUUCCAGAAUGAGGACCCCAAUUUCUUGUCUCGCAGUGAGCGGUAUGAGCUGGCCAUCAAGAAAAGUUCUCAGAUGCUUAAGAAGAUGAGAGACCAUGGCAUAGCCGACCCUGAGGAGAUCUAUUGGUUCAAGAGAACAUGUCUGGGCUCCAAGACGGAUCCCCUGUCCUUACACUUUAGCAUGUUCACUGACGUGAUGACAAAGCAGUGCGAUGACGCACAGUGUAAGAAGUGGUUGCCUCUUAUCGACAGUAUGCAAGCCAUUGGCACGUAUGCCCAAACCGAGCUUGGCCAUGGAACCCACCUUCGAGGACUGGAGACGACUGCCACCUAUGACCCAUCUACACAGGAGUUUAUACUAAAUAGCCCCACUGUGACCUCUAUCAAGUGGUGGCCUGGAGGGUUGGGAAAGACCUCAAAUCAUGCAGUAGUGUUGGCACAGCUCUAUACCCAGGGAGAAUGUAAAGGGCUUCAUGCGUUCAUCGUUCCUAUUCGGGAGAUGGGCACCCAUGAACCAUUGCCAGGAGUAACCGUUGGGGACAUUGGGCCUAAGUUUGGUUUUGAUGAGAUUGAUAACGGUUUUCUGUCAUUCAGCAAGUUCCGAAUACCAAGAGAAAACAUGCUGAUGAAAUAUUCUAAGGUGGAACCAGAUGGAACAUACGUAAAACCACUAAGUGAUAAACUGACAUACGGUACCAUGGUGUUUAUUCGCUCCAUGAUAGUAGGGGACUCUGCAAGAAGCCUCUCUCGGGCCUGCACUAUUGCUAUUCGGUACAGCGCAGUACGACAUCAGUCUGAGAUCAGAGUUGGAGAUCCAGAGCCACAAAUCCUCAAUUUCCAGACCCAGCAGUACAAGCUUUUCCCUCUGCUGGCCACAGCAUAUGCGUUCCACUUUGUGGGAGCAUACAUGAGCGAGACGUACCACAGAAUAACUGGAGACAUCCAACAGGGUAACCUGAAUGAACUACCAGAGCUCCAUGCGUUGUCUGCGGGACUGAAAGCCUUUACUACAUGGGUUGCCAGUGCGGGAAUUGAGGAAUGCAGAAUGGCAUGUGGAGGGCAUGGAUACUCGCGAUGCAGUGGAAUCCCUGACAUUUAUGUCACGUUUACCCCAGCCUGCACCUAUGAGGGGGAGAACACUGUGAUGAUGCUGCAGACAGCCAGGUUCCUGUUUAAGAGUUAUACUGCAGCCAUAUCGGGAGAACGUCUUGGUGGGAUGUUGUCAUAUCUGAACGAUGUAUCCUCUCAGCAUGUACAGCCUCAGCCUUUGGCUGGUCGGUCUCAAAUCAACAUCAAUGAUUUGCUCAGUCUGGUGGAGGCCUAUAAACAGCGGGCAGCUUGGCUUGUUGUAGGUGCAUCUAGAAGUGUCCAGGCUGAUUUGAAGCGUGGAAAACGUAAAGAGGAUGCAUGGAACAAAAACUCUGUAGAUCUGGUCCGGGCAUCUCAGGCUCACAGCCAUUAUGUGGUUGUCAAAAUCUUUGUGGAUAAGCUAUCUGAGAUCCUGGAUGCUUCUUCCCAUCAAAUACUGAGCUCCCUCUGCCUCCUCUAUGCUCUGUAUGGAAUCAGCAAAAACACAGGAGACUUUAUUCAGGCUGGACUUCUGACGUUCUCCCAGCUGGAACAAGUAGAGCAGCGGGUUAAGGAUUUGCUGGCAGUAAUCCGUCCUAAUGCAGUGGCUCUGGUUGAUGCAUUUGACUACAGCGACACUCAGCUGAGCUCUGUCCUGGGGAGAUAUGAUGGGAAUGUGUAUGAGAAUAUGUUUGAAUGGGCCAAAAAAUCACCUCUCAACAAGACACAGGUUCAUGAGUCUUUCUACAAGUACCUCAAACCUCUUCAGUCCAAGCUGUGAUUCACCACGAGGCAAGAACACUCUACAAGCAAUACUUGUAUAACUGGUUUUCUUAGCAAAUUUUUUUUGAUCUCCACAAAUUUUAUGUUGAUCUUUUUUUAUAGAAGAAGUAUGGAAACAAAGUCUGCAACCUCCUCCUACUACUACUUCUGUAUGUCUGUAGAUUUACGGUGAAACUAAAUUCAACAAUCUAACAGUUUCCCAAAACAUGAAUGAUAUGCUGUGAAUGAUAACCGUCACCAAUGCUUGUGCUCUCAACUGAACUGUCAAGCCAUCAAAUAGCUGGUGUCCUAACUGAUCACAUGUGCAGCACCAUGGCAACUGCAGAUUAAGAUAGCAGCUUUCUUGGCUGUAAAGAAUAAGAGGAGGGGUUACCGUAGUUCUGCUCUAUUUUUCCGUAGGCAGUGUAGACCAACUUAGUCUAGGGAAUCUCUCUCCAUCCUCUGCAACUCAAGAUCUCCUUUGCAUAUUAAAAAAAAUACUUCACAGUUAAAUUUGUCAAAACUACCUGUUGCCUGAAUGCGUAUUAUCAUUAACCCUUACAUUCCAAGAAGUCCUUUUUUUUUUUUUUUUUUUUUUUUUUUUUUUCCCUGGAGUAAUUCAAUGGCUGCUUUUGGUUAGAACAGAAUGUACUACAUUAUAUUCUAGAAUAUUUUUAAUAUUCUUUUAGAUAACAAUUGUAAUGUUUGCUCUGUGUUCUACUCACUUACAGAGCACAGUGCUAAUGGAUGCAGAAUUCAAAGGGAUUUUAAAAUAACUAUAUAGGCAACAGGCAAAAAAAAAAGAAGUGCAAUUUAUUUCAUAAAUUAUAUAUGUACUUAACAAUACAUUUGAGUAAUUUUCUUA